UCAUUAGUAGCCGAAAUUAUCAGUUUCUAUGAUCUCCAAAAGUCUGUAAACGUCUCUCAAGUGUUAAUUCUUCUUUAAUUUGGAGCCCAGAAAUUAUAAAAAAGUGAAGCGAUCCCUGGGCUGUCCUUUCUCCAUGCAUCUCUUUCAGGGAUUUUAGCAGAGACCCAAAUGUCUGUCAAGAGCAGAGGAGGAGGAGAAUACUAUUUUUCUCCGAGAAAUGUCAUUUCAAGGAACUGGGCAUUUUUCUUGUGCCUUGCGAGCUUCUGUUUGGGAAUGUUCUUCACUAACAGGUUAUGGAUAGUGCCAGAAGGUAGAGUCAUCCCCGGAUCCAGCAAGAUUUUGAAAACUUGGCAAACCAACUUCAUUCUACUCAUUGUGGCCAAGCUCGACUUAAAAUUGACUAGAAACUUGGACUAUACUCGUUUUUCAUUCCAUUUGCUCGAAGAUUUGACCCGGAAAGUUUACAACUUUCUAUCUGUUUUUUCAUAUAAAUACCCUUUCUCUUAUUCUCAUUUCCUUCACUUGCAGGUUUUGGAUCAUUCAGCCAAUAACAGUAUCGGGAUUUUGGACAAAGCAAUUUCAAGUUUAGAGAUGAAGUUAGUAGCCACUAGAGCCGAGCGUGAGUCUUUGCUCGGGAAAUUGAAUGUUUCUAGACGGACCGAUAAGAGAAAAUACUUUAUGGUUAUCGGGAUUAACACUGCCUUCAGUAGCCGUAAAAGACGAGAUUCAGUUCGUGAAACAUGGAUGCCACAAGGAGAGAAGCUUAAGAAGCUGGAGGAAGCGAAGGGUAUCAUCAUUCGCUUCGUUAUUGGUCACAGCACAUUGUUUGGAGGGAUUCUUGAUAAAGCUAUCGAAGCCGAGGAAAAAAUGCACGGAGAUUUCUUGAGAUUGGAACACACAGAGGGAUACAUGGAAUUAUCAGCCAAGACAAAGGUUUUCUUCUCGACCGCUGUUUCCCUGUGGGAUGCAGAAUUCUACGUAAAAGUAGACGAUGACAUUCACGUGAAUCUCGCAACACUUGCAACGAUAUUAUCCACACACCGCAACAAAUCUCGGGUUUAUGUCGGAUGCAUGAAGUCGGGUCCCGUCCUUUCUCAAAAGGGUGUGAAGUAUCACGAACCGGAGUAUUGGAAAUUUGGGGAGGUAGGUAACAAGUAUUUCCGACAUGCCACGGGACAGUUAUACGCAAUAUCCAAAGAUCUCGCGACGUAUAUUCUGAUAAACCAGGAUUUGCUGCACAAAUACGCGAAUGAAGACGUCUCGUUAGGCUCAUGGUUCAUCGGAUUAAAGGUAGAACACGUCGACGAUAAAAGGCUCUGCUGCGGUACACCACCAGAUUGCGAGCUGAAGAUGUUAACCCGCUACGGAUGUGCAGCGGCGUUCGACUGGAAAUGCAGCGGCAUUUGCAGAUCGGUCGAGAGGAUGUCGAGCGUUCACGAAAGUUGCGGUGAACGCGAUGACGCGUUAUGGGCGUUAAAGUUUCUUCAGAGAUAACGCCGUCUAGCGUUCGCUUUUAUUGUUUUACAGAUUUAAAUAGGUAUAUAAUAUAAUGGUUUUUUUUUCCUGUUUUCCACGAGAAAAAAACAAUUUAUACGUUUUGAUGACCAUUUUAUAAAACUGUCGAUAUAUUUUUUUUAAACGUAUGUAUAAUUUUGCUGGA